AUGAAGAUGAAUGCAUCCCACACUGUGCAUAAUAUUCAUCCAUGUUUUCAGUUAGAUAAUUUUACUACUUUGUUGUUCCCUCCUGAGUCGUCCACUCUAUGUGCGCUGAUAUAUCUUGUGCUUGGACUGUUGUCAGCAGUAACAGUUUGUGGAAACCUUCUUGUUAUAAUCUCCAUUGUUUAUUUCAAGCAGCUGCACAUUCCCACAAACUACCUGAUCCUGUCUCUGGCUGUGGCAGACCUGCUGGUGGGAGUCGUAGUUUUUCCCUUUAGCAUGGCUCAGACUCUGACCUCCUGUCUCUAUCACGAAAAUGUCUUUUGCAAAAUACGAGAUUGUUUUGAUGUUACUAUCAGUACUUCAUCUAUUCUGAACUUGUGCUGUAUUUCCAUUGACAGAUAUUAUGCCAUAUGUAAACCUCUCACAUAUAAGAACACAGUUACAGUGCGUGUGGCUGGGGGAAUGAUCUUCAUGAGCUGGACUGCUGCUGCUGUGGUUGGUACUAGUAUCGUCAUUGGAGGACAUAGUCAGGGCACAUGUGUAGAGAUGUGUCUCGUUGACUUCUUGAUUACAGUAGCUGGGGCUAUUUUUGCAUUUUUCAUGCCUGCAUUUAUCAUGCUUUGUAUUUAUAUCAAGAUCUUCAUCGUGGCUCAGAAACAGAGAAACAACAUUCAGACUUCUAAAUGUGGUGCCAUAAGUAAGAUGGAGAGGAAGGCCACUAAAACCCUGGCCAUAGUGAUGGGAGUCUUCCUCUUAUGUAUGACUCCAUACUUUUUGUGCAUUGUCUUUCUGCCUUUAACCAGUGAAACUCCACCAUUCUCUCUGAUUGAAGCACUCAACUGGCUCACACUGUCCAACUCAAUGCUCAAUCCUUUCAUUUACGCCUUCUUCUACAGUUGGUUCAGGUCUGCCUGUAAAAUUAUAUUAAGUGGACAAAUUUUCACGGGCAACAUUACAAACAUAAGACUGAUGUGA